CAACUCCGAAGACCUUCUACAUCACGACCCUCGGCCGAAUCUGCUUCCACCACGCAAGUCGAUCAGUUGCGAAAAUGGAUUCCUCGAAGGCUCCCGUCAAGCUCGUCAAGGUCACCCGAGUCCUCGGCAGAACCGGUUCUCGUGGUGGUGUCACCCAGGUGCGCGUCGAAUUCAUGGACGACACCACUCGCUCGAUUAUCAGAAACGUCAAGGGCCCUGUUCGUGAGGACGACAUCCUGGUUCUUCUAGAAUCCGAGCGUGAGGCCCGCCGCCUUAGAUAAAGUACGGAAGCUUUGGGGGUUUGGUGAUUCUGGGGAAGUGGCAACAGCAUUACGCUACCUUGUCGGCCCAACAGGCCGGACCGUCGCCAUGAGCUUCGGUGAAGGUUGGGUGGGAAUGUCUAGGUUGGGCGUUCGGUAGAACGGUAUCACGAUUUAUUGCUCUCCAGAAAUUCUACGCGGCGCUGAGGCUACUCGAUAUCCUGCGGAUACCGUCGUGCUGCGACUGGGGCUUGGGCGUCGAAGGACAAAAACUUGCUGCGAUUUUCUUCAUGAAGAUUCCCAUCAGAACUGCCGGACUCCGUGGUGUCGUUCCUUCAACUUGGACUAUACUCGGUAUUUACGUAUCCGCUUCAAACCGGAUAUAUGCAGCAUAGGUACUUGAAAACCGGAGA